AUGGCUCCUCUCCGCAACACUCUUAUCUGCCUGAUGGCCGCAUCAAGCGUCUAUGCCGAGCACCUCAGAGUCGUCUGGUCAUCUGGUAGCUUCUCAUCAAUCUCCGGCCCCAGCGGUGGCAAUCAGAAUGGCGGAUACAGCGGCUUCGCAAUCCUCAAUGACGCUGGCGACGCUGUCUACGACCAGCCCUACCCUGAUGACCAUUCACCCUGCUACCUAGGCUCCGGCCGCGAGUUCACCAUUGAGGGCCAGCCUCAGAGCUGUGCGGUCAAGGACGGCGACGGCAAUGUCUUGGGCUCUGCCGACGCACAGAAGGAUACUACUUUCAUUGGUAUUGCUAUUGGUAUUGACGCUAGCUGUGUUAUCGAAUUCGAUUCCGAUAGCGAUGGCUGCCCUAUUGAUGAUGGCAACGGUCCCCUUCACGUUACUUCCGGAUAG